UUGCUCUGAAUCAGCUGUUGAUAAAAGUGGAAAUUGCAGAAAAGAGUAAUAAGUAAUGAUUGUAUUUCAUAAAUUAUGUGCCAUAAUACAUUUUUAAUCAAUGAAAAAAUUAGUUACUUUUGUUUAAAUUAAGUUUUUGGUCAAAUUUUAUAUUCUAAAAUAAUGCAUAAUUAAUUUAUGUUGUAAAAUAUAUACAUAUGUAAAUGUCAAUGCGGUUUAUUUACGUAUAAAGUGAAGAAGGAAUAAGAUAAAAAAUACAAAAUAAUUUGUUUUGUGGAUGUUAAAGUCGUGUGCCGCGUUAUAAAAGCUUAAAAGUAAUAAACAUAUAUAAAAAAUUAUAAAAAUGACAAAGUUAACUGCACAGAUGAAAUCUACGCAUUCAAAGCAACUAAAGCAAUAUGUUUGCAUAAAUUGUGGACAUCCUAUUGCCGAAUUGUAUAGAAAGUAUAGUAACACUGCAAUCAAAACAAAUCAAUGCGAAAAGUGUCAUAAAGUGGCGGACAAAUAUAUUGAAUUUGAUCCAAUAAUAAUACUGGUAGAUGCGAUGCUAUUGUCACAAGAGUCUUACAGGCAUAUGCUACAUAAUCGCGAUUUUAAGCUUAAUUGGAAAUUAUCACUUGUGCUGCUGCUACUAGAGUCCUUCGCAUUGUGGCGACAAAGGGGCAGCAUUAAACAGGAUUCGUUACAAAAUGAAAUUAUCAGCGAAAAGGGUUUUUAUAUAUGCUGCUUGCAAAAUUUAAUUGACUACUUUAUUACAACUUUGAUUUUAUUUGUUGUGACGAGUGCACACAAUCCGCGACUGGUUGAAACUACUGGUUAUAGCAAAUUUGCUUUAAUUCUAUUAAAAGCGAUAACAAUAGCAAAUUUUUCUAAAAUUUUCCUCUUGCCACUGAUAGUAUGGCGUGAGAACACUACAGAUUUGGGUGCCCACAUUCAUCAACUACUUGUUAAAGGUCACCAUAUAUUUGCUUUGGUGUAUAUUUAUGCUAUAGUUGGAUGUGUACAAAAGCUGCAAUCUUUUUUUAUUAUAUUGCCCGUCUAUCUAGUAAAGGAGUAUAUAAAACGUCAUAUAUCUGUUUAUUUAGAAUUUUACUUUUGAUUAAAAUGAAAUCUUGUAAAUAUUUAAAAAAAAUAUUGUGACGUAUGUGCUAAAAAAUUAUAACGAGUAUUAUUAAACUUUUACAUGAAUAUGAAGUUUUUGUUUUUCAAAGUAAAUAGAGCGCGUAGAAAUUUCAAAAAAAUAAAAAACAAAAAAAAACAUGCAUAAGAUUAUUUUAAAUUUGAAGCUGUAAAAAGGAUUUUCAACGGAAUUUAUUUGCAUACCCACCUUUAGCAAAAGUAAUGAUUGCCCAAACAAGUCUUAUAUAAACGUAAUUUAUUAUCAAUCGCUUAAAUACGUUAAUUAAAAAUGUUCUUUAUAUAUGUAUACAUAAACAGAUAAGUUUGUGUCUGUAUGUAGUGCACAUAUGUACAUACAUACGUUAAAUCGUUCAUUAAUUUUCGCAUGUAUAUUAUUUUUAUAGGCUUCUAUGUCAAUUUUGAUUCAUCACCAUGCAUAUAAUAUUUUUCUUUUUUCUUCUUCUUUGCUUGUGUGCAUGAAAUCUCUGCUCCGCGGCUCGUUUAUGUUAUUUUGUUAUACGUUUUGGGGGCUGGCCUUUCAUGCACAUAUUGUGUUUCAUUUACCCCUUUUUAGUAUAUUUUUAUAUUAUAUUUUUUACUUCCGGUAUAUGUAUAUCUGUAUAUCCGGUAUAUGUAUAUAUGUAUACAUAUAUGUAGUUAAUCACUUAAGAACAGUACUAAUUUUAUAUAUAAAUUUUAAAUAGCUAAGAAGGGAUAGUAGCACAGUUGACAGGGUGGCGCACAUAAGUUGUUGGUAUACUUCAUUAAUUUGUUAAACAAUACAUAUGUAUAUAUAUAUAUAUAUAUAUAUUUAGAUUAAUUAUUAAAGUUAAAAAGUUGUAUUAAGAGUUUCUUAUUUUGUAUAUAUUAAAGCUAGCUUAAAAGCUAUGAAACUAUUAACUAUAAACAAAACAUUUAAUUGUAAAGUUAAAAAUAUGUUUAUUUACUUAAUAUGUAUAUUAUUUGCCCCGGUAAUAAAAAAAACCUCAACAGUUUAAAAAAACAAAGACAGCUAAACGCGUAUAUGACAGUUAAAUUUUAAACAGCGCUCGCUACUAUUUACAGCAACUGUUUUGAGAAGCGACAAUUUUGCUUUUUAGUUGUUACUGUGCUAAAUUAACUGUUAGUUGUUAGUCCAACGUGUUUUUGUUGAUGACGAUAACACGAUAACACGGCAUUGAGCAUAAUACUCAAGACACACGUUACAUUAUAAUGUUUAAAAAAUUAGUUUCAUUAAAUAUUUCAAUUUAUGCACGCCACUGCGUAUCUGCUUGCCACCCCAAUGCAGUACUAUUUUUUUUUGUAUUAAAUUACUAUUAACGCUUAUUUCAUACUAUAUUAAUUAUAUAUAAACCAGUUUAAUUGCUAAAUUUAAUCAUUCUUAGUUUUGUAUUUAUUCGUUUUAAUUUUUUCUCAAUCAACUAAAUCAAAUUUUAGGUCCAUUUUGCUUUUAGGCUUAUAUUUUUCAUAAUCAUUUAUUUGUUGUAGCAAAUUUUCUGUUAUAUUUUUAUUGUUGCUGUUGUAUGCAUGUGACAUAUGUGUAAAUAUUGUUAGCGUAUGCAUUUUAUUUUGUGGCCUUUACAUUUAGAUAAUUAAUUAAUUUGAAAAAGAAAAUAAAUGGGCACAUAGGGCUGCUUCGGUUUUGCCUUUCUUAAAAACUAAUGGCAAAAUUAAUUAUUAACGUUCCCACAACAACUUGUUCAAUGGUUUGUCGGUUAAAUGCGCGGCGUUUUACAGCCGCACAUUGUUUUCGAACACAAUUUCGAAAUCACUGCAUUGCCAGUGAAUCACUCACUACUCGCACCUUCAGUUGUGUUUUUUUUUU